AGGAAGAACGUCAUCAUUUUAAAAAUAACCUCUUUAACUAAACGUGACGUUUAAAACGUCAAAUUAGAUGUGAAUUAAAAUGAAAAAUGUGAAAGUUAUUAAUUUUGUGUUUCAUUCAAAGGUUAAUGGUCAUAGUUAUUAUGAAUGCAACAACAACUUUUGAUCCCUAUCCCUACUCAUCACUUUUUAUGGGACCAAAGGUCGUACAGUUUAUCUUAUAAGAUUACAAUUAAAACAAGUAUUCAACCUUUUAACUAUCCAUUAUCAGAGAUAUUAUAUUACAUUGUUUAUAAGUAACGGUGUUAUCUUUUAAUUUCGUUAAGUAAAGAGUUAGUUUCGAGCUUAAACCUGAGUGUGCGCGCCAGAUUUUUUAACACCAUGUCUCAUCUCAUAGAGGAUUUUAAACCAGGACCUCUGGAUUUCUAUCGUAAGAAAACGUCUUUUGACUGGAAAAAGUUGAAGGUGUUCCUUGAAACUGAAGAUGGAAUCGAGUAUCAGAAUGAAAUGUACAAAAUGCUGGAAAGUAAUCCUGUGCACAAUAAGGAAAACCUCACUAGCCUACCUAGAGAUGAACAGCGCAGACUAGCAUUUUUAGGAUCAUGUGAUCAAGCCCAAAACGAUAUUCUGAGAUGGGCUUACUUGCUGCAAAACUUACGAAGACCUUCAUCCCUUGCUAGGGUGUUAACAUCAUCGGUAGCAUCAGCCUACGUAAAGCACACGGUCGGUAACAGUUUGUUUGUCAGCUCAAUAAUAAAUAUGGGUACAGAGAGACACCAAGAAUUCAUCAAUGACGCUGAAGCUGGAAAGAUUUUCGGGUGCUACUGUUUGACUGAAAUCGCACACGGAAGUAACACAAGAGGCAUGCGCACAACAGCCACCUACGACAAAAAGAAGCAGGUUUUCGUAUUCAACUCGCCCGAUUUUGAAGCAGCUAAAUGCUGGGCUGGUGGAUUGGGCCAGACCGCCAUGUUCGGAACCGUUUACGCACAGUUAAUUUUAGACAACCAGAAUUACGGUCUGCACGCAUUCAUAGUACCGUUCCGUGAUCCCAAGACGCUGCUACCAUAUCCAGGAUUAGAGAUUGGAGAUAUGGGAGGAAAGAUUGGUUUGAACGGUAUCGAUAAUGGUUUUGUUCAAUUUAAAAACUACGAAAUUCCAAGAGUCAAUCUACUCAACAAAAUAGCCGACGUGUCUGAAGACGGUCGUUAUAUAACUCCGAUCAAAGACCCUAAUAGAAGACACGGAGCUGCCUUAGGAUCUCUAUCAGCAGGAAGAGUAAAUAUUGCAGCUAUGGUUGACUCAUUGGGUUCAAAAGCUCUUGUUAUAGCAAUCCGGUAUGCAGCAGUAAGAAAACAGUUUGGACCGAAUGGAAAAGAAGAGUUGCCAAUUUUAGAAUAUCAGAGUCAUCAACUUCGACUGAUACCCUACUUAGCAGCAGCGUACGUACUAAGAAAUUUCAACACGUAUUUCUCAGAAAAGUUCUACGAAUUCACCAUGAACAACAUCUUGGGCAACUCCUCACCGAACGCACCUGAAUUGGGAAUCGAAAUCCACGGUGUUUCUUCAGCGUCAAAACCAAUGGCUGGCUGGAUAAUGAAGGACGCCGUCCAGGAAUGCAGAGAGUGCUGUGGUGGACACGGGUAUCUUCAUGCGGCUGGUUUGGGCGAUGUUAGGAACGAACUUGAUCCCAAUUUGACGUACGAAGGAGAAAACCACGUGCUUAUUCAACAGACCGUUAAUUGGCUUCUCAAAAUAGCUCCGCAAAUGCUUGAAGGUAGACAAAUAUCCACUCCAUUGCAAUCAAUUGAUUUCUUAUCGAACGGUUUGAACAUUUUGAAGAAUAGUAGAUUCAGUGCUAGAGGAACCGAUGAAGUUAGUCAUCCAGAAAGUAUUAUCAAAACAUUCCAAUGGUUAGUUGUAUAUCUAUUGAAAGCAACUCACGAGAAAGUAGAAGAAGAGUUGAAGGCUGGAAAGGAUUUGUUCGAAGCCAAAAAUAACAGUCAAGUGUACUACGGGAAGAGUUUAGGCAUAGCAUUUAUUCAGCAUUUCUUCUUGCAAAGAUUUUUGGUGACCAUCUCCGAAGCAGAAGAUCCUGCUAUAAAAGCUGUGCUUACGAGAAUAUUUUCACUCUUUGGAUUGUGGUCGAUAGAAAAAUGGCACAUUGCGACUCUAUUUAAGGGAGGAUUCGCUUCAAAUGAAUUAGCACCGACGUUAAUCCAAGACGCCAUUUUAAAAUUAUGCGCGGAUCUGAAAGAUGAUGCUGUAGGUCUAGUAGACGUCAUCGCAGUUCCUGACUUUAUUUUGAGAUCGUGUUUGGGUUCGUCAGACGGACAAGUCUACAAACGUCUCAAAGAAUCAAUGACCAAGGAUGAAUAUAACAUGAACCGACCGCCAUGGUGGAAGGAGGUUGUAAACUACGCUGAAAACAAUAGCGCGAAGAGUAAACUAUAAGUCACAUGUGAUAUAUAUUGAAGAAUAUGAUGAAAAGAAUAUAUUUUUUAAAAUUUUUAUACAAGUUGAUGAAAAAUGACAUUGAUAUUACGUCUAACGUACCAAUUUUAUACAUUUGAUAGUUUAAGUGGAACAGUGGGAAUUUAUUUAUACUUAAGUAUUGUUGAAUUUUAAAAAUAAAUUAUUUUAAAAAAGUAAAAUAAUAA